AUGAAUGCUACACUAUCGCUUUCUGAAUGGGUCAAACCACUAACACUUAAAACUUUCUCGCCGAGGUGUGGGUUUUCUCUAAAAUCACAGGUUUUUGGUUCCUUUAAACUACUGCACCGUAAAAACUACUCGGUCUGGAAUUCGCUUUCAUUAAUAAGGAAUACCAAAUUUUUUUUGCGCAAUUCAACUCAAAGUAUGUCUGCAGUAUGUGAUGCUCCCAAGUUUCAGACCAAUGUUAUGCCAAAGGUUCAAGAGUUCUACCGCCGACCAUUACCUCGUCAUUGCAUUCCUUUUAGUUCUCCUGAAGGAAAACACAUAUUUCGUGAGGCUUUAUUGUCUGGACACAUGGAAGCCUACUUCUCAUUGGCUUCCCAAUUUUGCACACAAGAAGAACCUUCUUACUGUGGACUAGCCAGUUUAGUUAUGAUUCUAAAUGCCUUAGGACUAGAUCCUGGACGUGUAUGGAAGGGACCUUGGCGUUGGUAUCAUGAGAGUAUGCUAACGUGUUGUCUACCACGGGAUGUACUGACUAAAGGAAUUACCCUAGAUGAUUUUGUUAAAAUUGCUCGUUGUUACGGUUUAGACGUGGACUUACAUCGCGUUUCUCCUGAUACUUCACUGUCUUAUUUUCGAGAUGUGGUGACCAAAAUGACUUCAGGGUCCUCUGAAGGUUAUCUUGUUGUUUGCUAUAGCCGCAGCGCUUUAGGCCAGACGGGUACAGGUCAUUUCGCCCCAGUAGGUGGUUAUCAUCCUGAUAGAGAACUUGUCUUUUUAUUUGAUACAGCUCGUUUCAAAUACCCGCCUCAUUGGGUUUCUCUAACAAAACUUUGGUUUAGCAUGAACCAGGUGGAUCCUGACACACAACUACCCCGAGGUUUUGUUGUCCUUCGGAAGGCCGCAAUUCCAGUUUCCACAGAACAGCUGGUUAAAGCUCAAAAGGAACUUCGUCUAAGUUUUAGCAAAGAUACAAAUGAUGACCAUGAAGAUCAGUUAGUUAAUGGAUCUGGUUUAUGCUUAUUUGGAAUUUCUGACAGUGCUUACCAAGCUUAUUCAUCUCCAUCUGUCUUACGUGAUCCAAAUUCUACUGGUUACAAGUUGAAAUUAUUGGUAGAUCGAUGGAUUAAUUGGUUAAGAUGUGCUUCAGAAGUUCCCAGUGAACUUUCAACACACUUUUGGUAUGAAACUUUGACAUUUCUGUUUGAUGAGAUCGACCAGUUAAGACCAACUAGUUUCUUUUUUGUUAUUCAUCCUUUCACGACUUCAUUAUCAAAUGCUCAACUAAACAACACUGAUAAUCAGUUUGUAAACUUUUCUACGCAUGAUACAUUACGUGAUCUUGUUGGAUCAACACUGGGUCAUAUAGUUACUGAUUUCAUGUCAAAAAUGAACAAGGAAUACUUAACGUGGUUAACUUCCGAUGGUACUUUCCGUUUGUAUAUCUCAACUUCAGAUUCUUGGACUAGACCCACUAAUGAUUGCCCUUUCACAGUCUUAUCCGAUCCUGGGCUACGAUUUUGCUUAUUAACAACCAGUUUCUUAUUGGCUUUCCCUUAUGACAAUUUUAUUUCGAAUAAUUUAUUAUCCGAUAAUUCAUCAUCUAAUUGUGCAUCACGCCUUCAGAUAAUGAAGAAAUUAACAGAAGAUGUAAAACUGUUACCUACAACUCUUACUGAAUUACGUUUGCUACGAAAUACACUGCAGUUUUUAAUGAAUACAAACAGAAAUCUCUGGUGUACAGGUUGUGUAGAACAAAAGUGA